UUUAAGUUUGACAACCCUCAAGCUCUCUCCUUUUUUGGCCGAUUUGGUUGAGAAUCCGACGACGACUCGUGGGGUCGUGUACACAUUGGUGACUGCUCUUUUGACACGAGUCGCCUCUCUUCUUCUCACUACCAUUUCCAUGAAACAUGAGCUAAAAGGCUAACUCUUUUUUUUUUUUAGUUCUUCUUCUUCUUCAAUUGAAACCCACUACACGCUUCUUUUGUCCAUUUUUAAUGUUAAAAGCUUCCUCCUUUAUUGCUAAAAAGUUACAAGAUUCGCAAGUUUACAGUUUCCCUUGGCCUCUUCUCACAGGUGAAGAAGAAGAUUCACUUGCCUUUUUUUCUUCAAAAGUCCCCAACUUUUCAGUCCAUCUCCCCCUUAAAGUUCAAGCUUUUUAUGGGUUUCUAGCCGAGCAACUACUCUGGAUUGGUGACACUAAGUUUUGCUACCAUCUCUUGAAGCAUUUACUGUAACUCUUUGGCUAAGGAGAAAAAGUCAGCUCCUUUGUGGUCAUAUAUGGGAUUUGCCGUAGGUGGUGGAGGUGGUAGAAUGUUAGAUUUGAGGAUGGUCCAAAAUCACAAGCGUUCAAAGAGUGCUAGCUUUCCAGAAAAGAAAAGAGGUGAGGGAGAUAAAACCUCUAACAGUUCUCAUGAAGCCUCUCAACGAAUCAAGCUGGACAUGGGUCGUUCAAAUGAAUCCAAGCAUAAUCAAUAUCAUUCAAACACCGAAACUUCAUUGAAGGAAGAGAUUAGUCAGCUUGAGACUAGAUUACAAGAUCAGUUUAUGGUUCGUUGUGCAUUAGAGAAGGCGUUAGGUUAUCGGACAGCCUCUUCGUACAUAUUGAGUGAAGCAAACAACAUUCCCAUGCCUAAGCCAGCUACUGAUUUAAUCAAAGACAUUGCUGUUCUGGAGAUGGAAGUUAUACAUUUAGAACAGUUUCUUCUUUCAUUGUAUAGAAAGGCCUUUGAGCAGCAAAUCACUUCUGUAUCCCCAAACUCCGAGAACAAGAGGCCAAAAUCUCCUCCUGUAACAACCCCUAGAAGGCGUCUAGACUUUUCUGAAGAUGAUGAAACCACCUCAAAAACAGAGCAGCCUUCUCAUCCUCUGCUUGAUGAUAAUCAAGAUCAAUCACUGGAGAUUCCUGCGGACCAGAUGGACCCCAGUUUUCGUCGUAGCCACUCUCAACGUUCGGCAUUUGAGUGUAGGAAAGCUUCUCCAGAAGAUUCUUGGGGUAAAGCCAUCCGCUCUAGUCACUCCCAACCACUAUAUGUGAAAAAUGGAGAAACUCUAAUCAGUCUAGCUGAACAUCUUGGAACCCGAAUAUCGGAUCAUGUUCCAGAAACACCUAACAAAUUAUCUGAAGGAAUGGUCAAGUGUAUGUCAGAAAUAUACUGCAAGCUCGCAGAGCCGCCUUCUGUACUACAUCGCGGGCUUUCAUCUCCAAACUCGUCUCUUUCAUCAAGUGCAUUUUCGCCCUCAGACCAAUUCGAUACGUCAAGCCCUGGAUUCGGAAACAGCUCCUCUUUUGAUGUUCGGUUAGAUAACUCUUUCCAUGUAGAAGGAGAAAAGGACUUCAGUGGACCUUACAUCAGCAUUGUUGAAGUGCUUUGCAUUUACAGAGACGCCAAAAAGGCCAGUGAGGUUGAAGAUCUUCUGCAAGACUUCAAAUCGCUCAUCAGUAGAUUGGAGGAAGUAGAUCCAAGGAAGUUAAAACAUGAAGAGAAACUAGCAUUCUGGAUAAAUGUGCACAAUGCACUUGUAAUGCAUGCUUUUUUAGCUUAUGGGAUUCCACAGAACAAUGUGAAGAGAGUCCUACUGCUACUCAAGGCUGCGUAUAACGUUGGUGGACACACAGUUAGUGCUGAAGCGAUACAAAGUUCAAUUCUUGGAUGCAAAAUGUCUCAUCCUGGACAGUGGCUUAGACUACUGUUUGCUUCGAGGAAAUUCAAAGCAGGAGAUGAAAGAUUAGCUUACGCAAUUGAUCAUCCGGAGCCUCUCAUACAUUUUGCACUUACUUCAGGCAGCCACUCCGAUCCAGCGGUUCGUGUAUAUACACCAAAAAGAAUCCAGCAAGAGCUCGAAACGUCGAAAGAAGAGUACAUAAGAAUGAACUUAAGCAUACGCAAGCAGAGAAUCGUAUUGCCAAAGCUGGUGGAGACGUUUGCAAAAGACUCCGGUUUAUGUCCGGCGGGUUUGACAGAGAUGGUCAACCGGAGUAUACCGGACACUUCAAGAAAAUGUCUAAAGAGAUGUCACUCUGGUAGUAAAUCACGCAAACCAAUUGAUUGGAUCCCUCACAGCUUUACAUUUAGAUAUCUUAUUCUUAGAGAAGCUGCCAAAUGAAAUCACUUCGACAAAUUCAUUCAUUAUAAGAAGAGAAUGUGUGUGUAUGUUAUAUAUUAGUGUAAGAUAUCGCUGUCUAUGCCCACCCCACUAUCUGAUUAAUAUUAUGAUAAUGCUGUUCUCUCUCGA